CCAUAACCGGAGCCUGGAGUCAGCGGGCGAAGCCGAAACAUGGCGGAAACGCCCGACGACCACCAGCGACGAUUCCAGGCGGCCGUGUCGGUCAUUCAGAGCCUCCCGAAAAAUGGUUCGUAUCGUCCGUCGCAUGAGGUGAUGCUGAGGUUUUAUGGUUAUUACAAACAGGCGACAGUCGGACAUUGUAACAUCAGCCGCCCCGGCUUCUGGGACCCCAUCGGGCGCUUAAAAUGGGACACCUGGAAAGCGCUGGGCAACAUGUCCAAAGUAGACGCCAUGACGGCUUACGUGGAAGCACUAAAAAAGGUGGCGGGAGAGGUCAUCGAGAGCACAGCGGUGACGGGAACCGACGCGGCUGCCAGGGAACACUUCCACCUGUUCGAGCCGCUCUACGCUGUGGUGGACGACUUGCCCAGACCCGCGGGCUUCCCCUUGAAGGCGACGGACGGUCACAGCGAGAGUCUCCUGACCCCGACUCUGCGCGUUAAGGUGAACGGCAUUCCGCGAGACGGAGAAUCUCCAGCCCCGAGAGCCAGCGAGGGACACCGCACCGCCAACGGAUUUUGCCGGGGGGAGGGCGAGGAAGGCGGCAGCGACUGGUCCCUGAGCGACGGCGCGAUCCCACGGGACGGGGAACCGGAGGAAGAAGCUGAAAUCUCCGAGCCGGGUCCGGGGCUGAAGACGGAACGGUCUCGCGGCCUCGAGGAGAGUCCCUCGGCUCCUCGGAGCACCCGAGGGGAUUGUGCGGAGCGAACGACGAGGCCCAGUCGCGUGUCGAGCGACUUGGAAAUUGAGGUUUACUGCGAUUCCGUGGAAGAGUUCGACGCCGAGAAGACAGCGCUCCUGGACGCCAGGGGAGGGGCCCGGGCCGAGGCGCUGCCGGGGCCGCGGAUCUCCACCGCGCGAGGCGGGGAAAGGGAGGCAGCGCCGGGCGGAGGAGGCGGGAAAAGGACGGGGGCCACGUUCGCCGGUCGCCCGCAGUCGGGGACGGAGGAGGGUCUGAGAGACCGGAGAGCACCACAGCAUUCAGAAGGCAGCAGCUCCCGGCAGCAGAGAGCGAGGGUGGGGGACGGGGGGAGGGGCGGGGGCUCCCCCGGGGGUCAGUCCCCGCUCCGCCUCCAGGCGAGUGUCGCCACCGCCCUCCUGCGUCUGCAGCGGGACAUGCGCGACGUGAGGGAGCGACUCGCAAGGCUGGAGGCUCGGCCCCCCCCACAGAGAGCUUCCGAGUGGCUCUUUGGCCGAUCUGCACCGACGUUGAUAUUUCUGAUUGCGUGGCCUUUCUUGGCUCAGUGGAUAGUCCGUCUCAUCCUUCGCCGGAGGGAGAGAAGCUGAGGGAACAGGAGGUCUAUUCUUUGCAUUGUUUUCCGCUGAAAUACCUCUUCUUCCAGAUCGGUCUCGAGACAAUCUGUCGGCCUCAGCCAGAAAUGGAGGGUCUCCGUGUUCCCGGAUAUAAAGACGGUCACAUAAAGGG